AUAUGUAUCCUGUAUUAGAGUAUUAAGUAAAAUUACUGCCGGGUUUACUUUAAACACUUAAGUGGCUGAAUGCUUUCAAUUAGGUUGACGAUCGUAAAUGAGUUUUACACGAAAAAAUGCGAAGAGUUACUAAAAAGUUAUUGAAUUUAAUUGUAGGCUUGGCAUUGAUUGGAUUAUAUUGCGAAUUUAUUAUAUAUUAUAUAGUUAUCGCUCAGUGUAGUUGGCCAACGUUAACAAAUACUAGAAAUAAGGAAGUUCUUAAGGCAUUCAUAUUAGCAGAUACACAUUUAUUAGGGCCUUUCAGAGGGCACUGGCUAGAUAAGCUAAGACGAGAAUGGCAAAUGCAUCAGGCAUUUCAAGCAGUUAUUAAAAUACAUAAGCCUGAUGUUGUAUUUGUAUUGGGAGACCUGUUUGAUGAAGGUGAAUGGACUAAUGACCAACAAUUUAAUGACUAUGUGGAUCGCUUCUAUAGUCUCUUUGCAUUACCAAAAGACAUCAAAAUGUAUGUAGCAGUUGGAAACCAUGAUAUUGGUUUUCAUAAUAGGAUCAGAAGAAAGGCCUUACAAAGAUUUACUGACCGUUUAAAAUCUCCUUUGGUGCAACAUGUGGUAUUGAAAAAUACUCACAUUAUUAUCAUAAACUCUAUGGCAAUGGAGGGUGAUUCCUGUAAUAUGUGUGCCGAAGCACGAAGACAGAUAUCACUUGUAUCAGAUAAACUUAUGAAAUGUUCUAAAAAUGUUGAAAAUUGUGAAAAUCACAGCUAUAAUUACUCCCAACCUAUUCUGAUGCAGCACUUUCCACUUUACCGCAAAUCUGAUGCCAUAUGUACAGAACCAGAUGCACCUCCUUUACCAGAACGAAAUAAAUUGUUUCGUUUAAAAAUAGAUGCCUUGUCAAAAGAAGCAACUGAGUACCUCAUUAGUAAUAUACAACCUAGAGCAGUAUUUGGUGGUCACACACAUCAUGGAUGUUUGGUGAAACAUUCUUAUAAAAAUAAUGAAUUUUUGGAAUAUUCAGUACCUUCUUUCUCAUGGAGGAACAGGCCUGAUCCCAAGUUUAUGUUGUCGGUGCAUUGUCAAAUGAAACGAAGCGAACGAUAAUGGAAUUUCUGAGAACAACCCUUGUGUUGGGGCUCGGCUUGCCGCUUGUGCGAGAGGGUGCAGUGUGCAUAGGGUGGGGCUUCGGCCAUCCAUCACGCCACAGGGGUGCAAUUAGACGAAGUAUAUGUGCUGACACGCCGCGCCGCCGCCGACUUGCAUACGCCAACUCACCAUCUCUGAUUAUCCUUAAAUUAAUGUCUAGAUAUGUCAUUAUGCAGAUGACCUAGGUAGUUAAAGUAAUGUAACGAUGCUUAUUCUCAUAAUAAAAAUAUAUUUGUUAUGUUAGCUACUCAAUAUGUGGAAUAAAUAUAUGUAAUUAAAGUAGUUAGUCGAACACAUAAGUAACUUAAACACUUAAGACUUUACUUCGCUAUGCUUUGUUAAAUAAAUUUUAGCUAAUCUCA